GGGCGGAGAGAGGAGCUGCUACGCCACAGCCCAGCGGCGGCCAUUCGCGGAAAAAGAGGCAGAGCCUGUGCCAGCUACGGCCUCCUCCGAGCCACCGCGGGCGGGCGGGACCGGCCUCUCCUCCCGCCUCGCCCCCACCCCCACCCACCUCUAUCCCAGUGUCUCCGAGAGGGUUUGUCCUGUUAAUGCGGGAUGAGCGAUCAGAAGAAGGAGGAGGAGGAGGAGGCGGCAGCGGCGAUGGCUACAGAAGGAGGGAAAACCUCUGAGCCAGAGAAUAACAAUAAAAAAACCAAAACCUCAGGCUCCCAGGACUCUCAGCCCUCUCCUCUGGCUUUACUGGCAGCUACUUGCAGCAAAAUAGGGACUCCUGGUGAAAAUCAAGCAACUGGACAACAGCAGAUUAUUAUAGACCCAAGCCAAGGGUUGGUGCAACUUCAGAAUCAACCACAGCAGCUAGAACUGGUGACAACGCAGCUCGCUGGGAACGCUUGGCAACUUGUCGCCUCCACUCCUCCUGCUUCAAAAGAAAACAGCGUUUCUCAGCCGGCGUCUAGUUCAUCUAGCUCUUCCAGCAGUAAUAACGGGAGUUCCUCUCCUACAAAAACCAAAUCAGGUAACCCUGCCACUCCUAAUCAGUUUCAAGUCAUACAAGUACAGAAUCCGAGUGGCAGCGUGCAGUACCAGGUGAUCCCCCAGCUCCAGGCGGUGGAAGGUCAGCAGAUUCAAAUCAACCCAACCAGUAGUUCAUCUCUACAGGAUUUGCAGGGUCAAAUUCAGCUCAUUUCUGCAGGUAAUAAUCAAGCUAUCCUCACGGCUGCAAACAGGACAGCUUCGGGGAAUAUUCUUGCUCAAAACCUGGCAAAUCAGACAGUUCCAGUGCAAAUCAGACCUGGAGUCUCAAUACCAUUGCAGUUGCAAACCCUUCCUGGGACCCAGGCCCAAGUCGUAACAACCCUCCCAAUUAACAUUGGAGGAGUGACUUUAGCUUUGCCAGUGAUUAACAACGUGACUGCGGGAGGAGGGGUUGGACAAGUCGGCCAGCCUGCUACUACUGACAGCGGGACGGCCAAUGGCAGUCAGCUAGCGUCUCCGCCCACCACCAGCACUGCUUCCGCCAGUACCAUGCCCGAAUCGCCCUCUUCCUCCACUGCCUGCACGACCACCGCAUCCGCAUCCCUGACAAGCAGUGACACGCUAGUGAGCUCGGCAGACACAGGCCAGUACGCCAGCACGUCAGCCAGCAGUUCUGAGCGCACUGUGGAGGAGCCACAGACACCUGCUGCUCCUGAGUCCGAAGCCCAGAGCUCCAGUCAGCUGCAGGCCAAUGGCAUUCAGAAUGCACAGGACCAGGCCAGUUCUCUUCAGCAGGUGCAGCUCGUGGGCCAGCCCCUCCUGCAGCAGAUCCAGAUCCAGCAGCCCCAGCCGCAGAUCAUUCAGGCUCUCCCUCCACAGUCACUCCAGCUGCAGUCAGGGCAGACCAUUCAGACCAUCCAGCAGCAGCCGCUGCAGAACGUUCAGCUCCAGGCCGUCAACCCGACUCAGGUGCUUAUCAGGGCUCCAACCUUAACACCUUCAGGGCAGAUCAGCUGGCAAACCGUCCAGGUUCAGAACAUUCAGAGUCUUUCGAAUUUGCAAGUUCAGAAUGCUGGGCUAUCCCAGCAGCUAACCAUCACCCCCGUGUCUUCAAGUGGUGGCACGACUCUUGCCCAGAUCGCUCCUGUGGCCGUGGCCGGGGCCCCGAUAACUCUGAAUACUGCCCAGCUUGCAUCAGUGCCUAACCUUCAGACAGUGAGCGUUGCCAACCUGGGUGCUGCAGGCGUUCAAGUUCAGGGAGUUCCAGUCACAAUCACUAGCGUUGCAGGUCAGCAGCAAGGACAGGAUGGAGUGAAGGUGCAGCAGGCCACCAUAGCUCCCGUGACAGUGGCGGUUGGAGGGCUCGCCAGCGCCACCAUAGGUGCUGUCAGCCCUGAGCAGCUCACGCAGGUGCACCUGCAGCAGGGCCAGCAGACCCCUGACGCAGACGUGCAGCCCGGCAAGAGGCUGCGCAGAGUCGCCUGCUCCUGUCCCAACUGCAGGGAAGGAGAAGGAAGGGGCAGCAGUGAGCCAGGAAAGAAGAAGCAGCACGUGUGCCACAUCGAAGGCUGUGGGAAAGUGUACGGCAAGACCUCUCACCUCCGAGCACAUCUUCGCUGGCACACUGGAGAAAGGCCUUUCAUAUGCAACUGGAUGUUCUGCGGCAAAAGAUUCACCCGGAGCGAUGAGCUUCAGAGACACAGAAGGACCCACACAGGUGAAAAGAGAUUUGAGUGCCCAGAAUGCUCCAAGAGGUUCAUGCGGAGCGACCACCUUUCCAAGCACGUCAAAACUCACCAGAAUAAGAAGGGAGGUGGGACGGCCCUUGCCAUAGUUACCUCGGGAGAGCUGGACUCCUCCGUCACAGACGUGCUCGGCUCCCCACGGAUUGUCACAGUUGCAGCCAUUUCUCAAGAUUCGAAUCCAGCAACUCCCAAUGUUUCCACCAACAUGGAAGAAUUCUGAAAAGCUGUUUAUAACAAAGACCUCUAGUGCUGCGCUUAAGUUUACACACCUUUGAAAAUCUGGAAGUGGGCUGGUCAAGUGGAUUACAGAGUAGGAAAUCACAUUGCAUCCUUGGCAUCUCUGAGUAUUCCAGGGAGUUUGGUUCAACACAUGAAGUGUUGGAUUUUUGAAAAAUGAGAAAGAAAACCAAUAUACUGGAAACAGAAAAGUAUUUCUUCCAUGGUAUAAGUUGCUGUAGUGUUUUGGAAACCCAUCACAAAACCUUCAACCCGUUAACCCUCCUCUAACAUCCCUGUUGACAUGGCUGUAGAGACACCACACAAGUUUGCAGGCUGGGCCUUAAUUGGACUUACUCUGUUGAAAAGUACUUUGUUAAAAAUUUCGUCAGUAAUAACUCACAUGCACUUCUUUUAUUCUCUAGCACAGAAAACAGGUUGUCAUCUGACAACAGGGAGAAUACUGUAUUUCUUUAGCUUGUUUUUAGAAAUCUGUUCAAAAUAGUUUUGGCCGUCUUUUCUAAAUAUCAAAAAUUCUUCAAAAGUUGAAUUAGGUUAUGUUCCAAACUAGUAAUCUGAGUUGUGUCUCAGGUCUUUAUUACACUACAUUGUAGUAGUGUGCACGCGGACAAUCAGCGAAGCCAAUUAUUUUCUCCAUUUUGGAGACACAGAGGACCUUAGAGCUAAAUCUUAGGUUAAGUUUUAGGUUGGAACCUUAGGAAAAUGCUGGGGGAAAUUUUGUUAGAACAGGAUUCAUCAUAGCUUCAGAAAGGCAAAACAAAGCAGUUCAACAAUGUUUUAAAGUUAGGGUUGGCUGUGUGCUGAACCCUGCGUUCAAUAGCGAAAUUUCAUUUUAAAUGUUCAUAUUGGAAAUGCUUGCAUAGAUUCCAAAUCUAUGUAAUUUCUGUAAAUAAGACUUAGGUUGACAGUGUGCAGGAUUCUUUCUGCUUUGACUUGGUAGCCAAAGAAAGAGUUGUCAUACUUUUCAAGGCCAGCAGAAAAUUACUUUUCGCUACAUUAUAACCUUUGUUUUCUUUACUAAAGAUUGGCAAAUCCCAUUUCGUUUCUAGUACUGUGUUAGGUUAAUUAGGAGCUUUCAUCACAGUGAUGAUCUUUAUGUUGUAUCAAUAACAGAAUUUUCCCUAAAGGUCUAGACAGGUUAACAAAUGUAUAAUAGAUAUGAUAUUAUGAAGCAAAAAUUAUUUUUGGAAAACCAGAAUACUUUUCAGUCAAAUACUGACUGAAAAUAUAUUUCAUUGUUUGUGCAAGGGUCUUAAGGGACAGUGUCUUAUUAGGAAAGAUGGCCAAACGCUUCAUAUGAAAAACAAUUGGAUUAUUCUAAUAGAUUAAACAUUAGUAAGACACUUUGUGUUUUUAGAACGAUUUACACAGAAUCAUAACUAUUGAAACUGACAAUAGGAAACAAGUUUUUACCCAUUUUCUUUGUUACCAUCGUUGGUUUGAAUAUAGGUAUACGUUUUCUUGUGCAUUCUUUAUUAUUUCAGGAAAAGUACUACUCAUGAGACUUCUCUUCCAAAACCGUGAUGUUUCUUGCGUUUCUGAUGAAGGAGAAAUACUGUAGUGAUCACUGUUUACACUGUGUACUCUAGGCCAGCCCUUUGUAGCGUUAUAUAAAACUGAAGGCCUUUUGUGCUUUCGGUUUGGAUAAAAAAAGCUUUGAGAUUAAAGGAAAAACAUUUUUACACUGUGGUUAUAAAUUUCAAGUUUCUUAAAGCUUUUGUAGACUUGUAACAAAGUCUUUAAAUUUUAGUUGGAUUUUGUAAAUUGUUUUGUAUAUUUUAUUUAAUGUACUCUUAACAGCUGAUGGAUCUGGCUUUAAAACAUCAGAAUCAAUUUGUUGUUUUGUCGGUACAGAGGAGCAUUUGGUAGUGUUAAUUUUAAUUUUAUUAUAUAGGAACUGAAACAUUAAAAAUAUAUUUUAUCUAUCAUGCUACACAAUCAGUGCUAUAAAUUUUUUUAUGCAAAGAGAUUUUCUUAAUGUUUUAAUCAUGUUUUCUCCGAGCGAUACUUUUGUUGUUUGCACCAAGUCUGAGCACUCAGCAUCACUGUUCCAGGAGCCAGUUUCUGGCAACCCACGUUUGCUCAUCAGAAAUGCAGGCUGUCCUCAGCAGCAGCCAGACCUGUCACAGACGUGUCAGACUGGACCCGGAUGACCUUAGAGCGUGCAGAGCGACUGUCAGCAGGCACGUGCUCACCGCUGCAACUAGAAAUCUCUCGACAGUCUGUUCUGCUCACCAUCCUAGGCCACCUCUGUCUUACAGCAGUCGUCAGUGUCCUGUCUUUGACUCAGUGGCUGUCGCUGUGGUAGGGCACGGACGCGCAGUCCAGUCUUGAUGGCAGUCUCACUGCUCAUUCUCUUAGCACCGUUACGAAGCUUUUCUUUGUAAAGUUAUCAGUGCAAAGCUCUGUAUUUGCCAUGGUAGAACUCCAGUGUUAGGGUAGCUUUCUCUUACAGUAUGCUCUCUUUGGUUAGGGUUGUGUAUGUGUUGCUGAUUACAUUAGAAUUGAUGUUAAGUCAUUAUUUAUCACACUCACGAGAGCAGUAAUAAAGUGUGUAACCUAGGAGAAAAAGUUAAUUUGUCAAACUUAGAUAAGCAUGAUGUUUAGGUCCUAUUUUUCAAUUUUAUAACUGUUUUAUUGCAACAAUAUUUGUAUUUAAGUCUCCAUUUUAAUGCCUGGUGGUGUUUUUUUAUGCAUGUCACUAAGUUGUCAUCCCUCAUAAAUUGAUGUGCAGCAUAGGGUAUUAAAUCUACAUAAUGAUUUUAAAACAAACAGUUGAUGGUAAAAUGUAAAUGUUUUGCAAAAAUUCCUUAUAAAAAGUUUCGUAGUAACAUUUCACUUGUAAAUUUUUUGUAAAAAAGAAAAUGAAAAAAAAAAAAAGAUGAAUCUAGGAAAAAAACUGUUUUCCCAUAUUCUAGAAUUUAGACACUUACUCUGCCAGCAAAGCCCCUGGGGCUUUAAUUGACAUUUUUACAGUGCUGAUUUGUAUAAAUUUGUUUUUUGUGGAUUUGGAAAUAAAAUCAUGUACAAGUUGUUGCCUGCAGUAACAAUUGCAAGUAACCUCCUCACGCCCCCUCGGGUUGGACACGCUUCAUUUACAAUGUAUAGUACAGGGCAGCAGUGAAGGGUUAAAUACCAGCUUCUCAUCGCAGUCAACGCUGAAAUUUAAAUGCCUCCCACGAGAAAAUCUUAAUCCUGGUGUUAAGAUCCGAUCAACACUCCUGAAAAUACCGCCAGAGAACACCAGUCUAAAUUGCAUGUUAAUUUGUGACCAUUGCUGUAGACAUUUAUGGAAAUUAAAUUUUGAUUUAGAGAUACUUUAUUUAAAUAAUUUUAAGCAAUAAAUGUUAGGAAAUAGUAGGAUGGUCUAAAAAAUGAAAACCAAAAUUAAAAUAAUAUUUAAGUUCACAGCAACACUUAGAAGCAGUAUAGGCCACCAGAACAGUUUUCCCUCUGGGAGAGGCUUGCAUGUCUUGAGGAAACCUUACUGCCGAGGGAAUGCGUUGCAGGGUGAGGUGACUGGCCACGCUCCUGAGUGUACAGAGACUGAGCUGCAGGAUGCGGGGCACAGAGGGGACUGCGAUGCCCAGACGGCUCCAGCCAGCGUUCAGACGUGGGAUAGGUAGGUGUGCCCUGUGGUACGUAGCUCGUACAGAACAGCCCAAAGGCGUGGCUGUAUCACAGCGUCCAUACACACAGAACAGGUUCUUAACAGUGGGCAGACCAGGGCAGUUGAUGUACGCUCCUCCACCGAGUAAACGUUCGCCAGGAAAUUCCAUGUGAAAAGUAAAGGUCCCAUCUUGACCAGGACUGGUUAGCUGGCUGGUUCUUGUUCCCUGAGUUCUUCAGCUCAAAGCUCAUGCUGCUCCCCCAGAGAUAAACUUGGGGUUCCAUGGCCUCUCUGUCUGGUCCUCUUAGCGGUGUGCGCUGAUUAAAUUUCUCCUUUCUGCCUCUCCCAAAGCAAGUGUGUUUUCAUUUCCUGAAAGGUCAGCAUGUGUGCUUCUCGGGGUGACCCUGUAUGGAAAGAUGAAACUCUAAACCUAAAGCUUUCACUUUAAAUACGGUAAUGGGCUGGUUGCUAAACUAGGAAUUUCAACCACGUGAACAAGACUGAAGGAUAAAGUGGGAUCAGCCACAAUCAGACUGCUGACAGGAAACCCUUUAGUGCAGAGCUGGAGCGGUGGUUGGAGCUGCUGUUGUGAUAGCUGGGCCGUGGUGUCUUGUUAAAGAUGCCCUUGUCCGAAAGCUCAUGUUAGAUACAGCUGGUCUUUACUUAAGGUUUAGGUGCUAAGUUCCAGGGGUACAGAGGCGUCAGGUGCCAGGAAGGAAUGUGGCAGGCUUUGAUUCCCCAGUCACUGCUGCCCGUGUGCCGAUUUGUGUAGUAUGCUCAAUAUGUGAUUGUACCACAUGAUUUUAAAGGCAUUUUCCAAGAGCUGCUGUUUGGCAUGGCCAUGGGUUCUGCAGGUGACAGUGAAAUCAUUUGUUUUUGGAUAUCUGAGCAAGAUCUCAAUAGUGGAAGGAAUCAAGGAGUGAAGAGAGGGAAGGGGGAAAGGGAAGAGCAGAAGGACUGCUUGUGAUGCUCUCUCCGUGGUCAUGGCACUUGGGGAAAGGAGCUGCUGUUCAGGCUGGGCUCCUGAUUUAGUUGUUGCUGUUUAACUCCUCCACAUCUUGUCUUUAUUUGUACAAUUAGGAAUGAUGCUGUUAGUGCACCAGCAGCUGGUAGGCAGCAGCAUUCACAGCAGUUCGCCUAGAAAGGGUUACUCUGUCAUUGCACUUUGCCAGAGUAGCAUGAGCUGGCUGGCUCACUGUCAGGACAAACAGCCCACGGUCAAGGUUCGGGGUCUGCUGUGAGCCAGUUCUCUGGUCCAUGUGUUCCCUUGACAACACAUUGCCCUCACAUAGAAGAAGCGGUGAGGUGGCUUUCUGAGGGCUUUUCUUCUUGGGGCACUAACACCCCUUCAGGAGGAUGCCAUUUUUAUGAUCUUACCGCUUCUUAGAGGCCCUACCCCCUCUGCUGUGUUGGGUGUUGAAUUUCAACGUGGGAAUCUGGGGAGACAAGCCAUCAGAUCCAGCAGAAGGCAUUGAAUAGUUCCAACACGAUUAGUGGUGAAAUGCUUGGCAAAGGGCACCGCGUGGCAAAGCUACCUCUAAAGUGCAUCAAAGAGAUUGAGAGAGAAGCCUGCAUUUGAGCAGUGAGUUUCUCAGGCCUAGGCGGUCUGCGGUGGUGUGCCUCAGACUUGCAUGGUAACAGUCUGGAGUAGCUUGGCUCACUAGGCACAAGACUGAAGACGGAAGUCCAUCACGAUGGGGCUCCUGGGAGGAGCCAAACAGGGCACCAUGCCUCCGAGGCAGCUCAGACACCAGCCAGGGUUGGGAGACAGGAAGAGACGAGGCUGCCCGAGCAACAGUUCAUCUCUGCAUCCUACCUUUCUAGGUGGUUGGCUUGGUUUAAAAUGUUAUUUAUUAUCCUGUUAUGAAAUGCAGUCUAAUAAAUAUUUUAUUUAUAGUAGUAUUUUUGUGAUGUGGAAGCUAUAAUAAAGUUAUAUUUUCUGCUGAUAAAAUUGUUUCUAGCUUGUAUAAUUUUAUGCUGGAAUUAAAUGUAUGAGUAAGUCAGGAUGCUGUGUGAAGGCAUCAUUAUUUCUGAGGAUCUGAUCACCUAACAAGUUUGAAAACCACUACUGAGGAAAAUACCAUAAGAGAAAAUAAGUUAACAGGAAAAUCCAGUUCAGUACUAGAGCAGCUGGUUACACCUUCAGUUAGCAGAGCUGUUUUAUAUCUUUACAGCAUUCUUUGCACUAGCUUUUGCGCUGUGUAUGUGUUUGGUGGAGUGUUAUAUUUCUAAUGAUGCUUUGUAAGAAUGAAAUUUAUGAGUUAUUGUGCUGUAUUCCUUUCUAAUUUCAGGGACAGAAAAAAUACUGUUGAAAAAUCAAGUCCCGUUUUGGUGGUCAUAUAUUAGUUUAUUUAAUGAACCGAGGUGAUUUGAUUGUUGGUUGUUCAUGUUUCUUUUGCUUUGUUUAUCAUAAUGUGGAUGGUAGUUUGUAUUAAAAGUCUCUGUAAAGUGGUCCACAGAUUCUGUAAGUAACUGGAAGGACUUUCCUUUCACAUCCCAUUUGUGAACAAAACAUACUUAAGAAAAAGUAAAAAUAAUAAUAAGCAAACCUAGCAUAUUUCUUGGAGUUAAUCAUUUUUGCAGACAGCCAUUUUUCUGUAUUUUUAAGAAAGGAAUUAUCUUGCUGAUAAAAGUGAAUUUUAAAUAUUAAUUAAACUUAUUUGAAUCUAA